CUCGUCUUUGUCCACCUACGCAAACAUGAAGGUUCUGUGCAUCGUCGCUUUGGGCACGCUGCUGGCCCUAGCAGCGGCUUAUCCUUCAGACAUCAUCGACUUCGAGACUGACCACAUGGAGCACGAGCAGGAGGGCCAGCCUGGAAGGGCCGUCGAGGGCGAGUACUCUUGGGUAGCACCCGACGGCAACGAGUACGUCGUCAAGUACGUGGCUGACCACCUCGGCUACAGGGUCCUGGACAGCAACGCCAUUCCAGAGGCCCCUGAAGCCGACUUCGAAGAUGGAGACGAAGAUGAGUUUGACGAAUGAUUCUGGAACCGUCGACAGAGAGAAUAGCAUUGAAGUUAUUUAACUGGUCCCUCAAAAUGUGAAUUAUGUAACUAUGAUGUGAAUUGAAAAUAAUUGAAGUCAAUAAAAUAUUUUCGUAAAA